CAUUGCAUUUUUAAGAACUUAUUUGGUAAUCUUGUCCAUUUGCACUGUUCAUUGGAACUCAUGUACGCCUAGCCAAAGAAAAGAAAAAGGGAAAAAGAAAUACUUGCGUGAAGUUGUCAUAGGUUGAAAUUAUCCCUGUUAAGUGUAGUUUCCCUGCCUUUACAAGCCCAAGUCGAUCCCGUCGGUUAGGAGGUCUUGAUGAAUUUGAAGAUGGAACUUUGCAACUCCAGUCUUCACUCCAGUGCGAGCCUCAACGAGUCCCAGCUCUUUCCUUAUCUGAAGUGAGGCCGGGCAUAAUGACUUUAAAAUGCUUGGUGUUGGGGUGAGUAGUGGGUACACCAGUCUUGCGAGAGGAAAACCACAAUCCAGGUUUUUCAAGGAUUACACAGAUGAACGCAGUAAAGCAAAACUUUUUCUUCAUCGAGGAGAAUUGAGUUCUAAUCUCUGCAAUCUUGGCAACCUUCACAAAAUCUGUUUUUCUACUCUCAAAUAACCCGAUCGACAAUUGCGUACUUAAACUGAAAUCACAUGAAAUUGGGUUUGGUUUGCAAUUUCAUAAAACCGACUGUGUUCUUUGUGCAACCGUUUUCGCGUCAGAAUCUGGGUAGGAUCUUAUGACUUCGCUAGUUGUUUUGGUUAAGCCCAAGUAGAACACUAACAGUUUGGUUUGUCCGCGUGACCUGGAUCUGUAAGCGUUUCCUCCUCCUAGCCUGGAAUUGAACUUUGAGAGCGAGAGAAGAGAAAGGCUAGAGAGGGCAUGUCCGCCACAAUUGACCUCGGAAAUUUAGACAACUUUGUUCCCCGGUGCCGAUGAUAAUGAGAAGGGCUAAUGAUCAUCGGCAAGUCCCUGCCACGUUCGCCAAACUUUGUCAGGUCCCGGCUCUUGUCCCUAAUACAAGAAUGCGAGACUAUGCGCGAGGCACGUCAAAUUCAAUCUCACCUAAUCACCGCCGGCAUGUCCGACGACGUGUUCCUCGCGAGCCGCCUUCUCUUCUUCUGCGCCGUAUCAGACGCCGGCAACCUUGACUACGCGACCUUGCUUUUCAGGCGAAUUGGCGAUCCUAAUCUCUUCUUGUGGAACACGAUGAUACGCGGUCACGCCAUCAAGCGACGCAGCGGCGAAGAGAGCAAUCCCACUAACGCUAUAAGCUUAUACAAGCAACUGCUUGCGGCCGGGUUCUUGCCGGAUGAGUGCACGUUUCCCUUCGUGCUGAAAAGCUGCGGUAAGGUCCUUGCCUUGGAAACCGGGAGGAACGUGCACGGGCACAUUGUGAAAACUGGUCUGCUUCGAUGUAACGCCCAUGUUGCGAAUGCACUACUCAGUUUUUACGCGUCUUGUGGGGACCUCGAGCGCGCACGAAAAGCGUUCGAUGAAAUUCCUGUACCGGAUGUGGUCUCACAGAACGUCAUGAUUGGUGGGUAUUUGAGAAUGGGUGCUUUGGAUAUGGCCAAGCAAUUAUUCGCUGGUAUGAGUGAGAGAAACUUGGUUACCUGGAAUACCAUGAUUACAGGCUUCGUUCAAGCAGGACGGGGCAGAGAAGCAUUGGAGUUUUUCCACGAGAUGCAGCGGUCUGCACGUUUUGACCCGGAUAAGAUAACGUUGGCAAGCCUUAUAUCUGCUUGUUCUCGCCUGGGAGCUCUAGAUCAAGGGAAAUGGAUUCAUAAUUAUAUGCAGAAGAGGGGUGUGCCGAUGGAUGUGGUCAUAGAAACAGCAUUGGUUGAUAUGUAUGCAAAGUGUGGAUGCAUAAAAAGAUCGUUGGAGGUGUUCCGCGAGAUGAACUACAAAGAUGUCUUGGCAUGGACGGCCAUGAUCAAUGGGCUGGCAGUACAUGGUCAGGGGGAAGAAGCACUUGACGUGUUCAAGCAAAUGCUGGUCGAGGGAAAGUGUAAGCCAAAUCAAGUUACAUUCACUGGGGUUCUGUGUGCGUGCACGCAUUCUGGUUUGGUGGCUGAGGGUCGACAGUAUUUUCAAACUAUGAGAAGUAUAUACUCCAUCGAGCCACAACCUCAGCACUACGCAUGCAUGGUUGACCUUCUUGGGCGAGCGGGACUCUUUGGUGAGGCAGAAUUAUUGAUCAGUAACAUGCCUGUCGAGCCUGAUGUUUUUGUGUGGGGAGCCCUACUUGGUGGUUGUAAAAUGCACGGCAAUUUGGAGUUAGGAGAAACGGUAGCCCAACGGCUCUUGUCACUGGAACCCCUUAACCAUGCAUUCUAUGUGCAACUGUCUAACUUAUAUGCAAAGGCAAACAGAUUCGAGGAUGCAAAGAAACUAAGAACAACGAUGAAGGAUAAAGGUAUUAAAAAAAUUCCUGGUUGUAGUCUCAUUGAAGUGGACGGCCUUGUUCAUGAAUUCUCCGUGCACGUGUCACACGAUCCUUUAAUGGAGGAAAUCAAGAUUGUGCUGGAAAAGGUUACCAGGGAAUUGAAGCUAGCAGGCUAUGUGCCUGACGUUAAGGAGGUACUACUGGAGAUUGAUGAUAACGAGAAAGAGCAAUCUCUCCUUCAACAUAGUGAAAGAUUAGCUUUAGCUUUUGGAUUGAUGAAGACGGAGGCAGGAAGCCCGAUUCGCAUAAUUAAGAACCUUCGCAUAUGUAGUGAUUGCCAUGUCGCUUUUAAAUUUAUCUCAAAGAUAUUUAAGCGGGAGGUAAUAGUUAGGGAUUGCAAACGAUUUCACCACUUUGAAGGAGGCCACUGUUCGUGCAAAGAUUACUGGUAAGGUGUGCUUUGGCACAGAAGAUCUUUUGUUGCACGUUACAUCCAUCAAAUUAUGUACAAUUUGCAUUGCAGUCGUUGACUUGGUCAAACUCCAGGGACAAUGGUUGGAUCAAAUUUUGUUCAGACAAUUGCUACCAAGAACUAAAAUAGUUUACAUAGUUUCUGGGCGCUA